ACAGAAGACGCGGCCGAUGCUUUCGGCCUCAUGCUUUCGGCCUCAUGCUCUCGCAGCACACUGCCUCGUCGGAAGGCGCCGUCUCAGCGUGCUGCAACGCAAUGACCUCGGCCACGGAGCGAUGCGCGAUGCGUCGAGACACGUGCCAUUACCGUAAGACAGGCAAGCACGUCGAUGGCGCCACGUCGCCGCCUCGAAGUGCGGCACCAAAGGACCGCGAAGCAGGGACGUAUGAGAGAAGCCGGCACGCGUGCCGCCAUCACAAUCCAGCGUAUGGCCGCUUUGUUCGUGACGGCGAUUCGGGCGGUAGCCCACGUGCAGCUGCGGAAAUCCCGCAUCUUGCACGCGACGCCGAGGAGACUGCUCGCCCAAAUGCAGCGGCUCCAGGGGCCAACCGCGGGGCAUACGUCGAGGUCGACCACGGGAGGAGCAGGAAGGAAGCGAUCGCUCGUCUCCAUGCCCACGACGAGAACCAAUUCAAAACGAGACACUCUUCGGGCCUCACGAACCAGCGCGUCACGGUGUUCGAGUGCAUCACGCAUGCGAACUGCGGACGACGGGGUCGCGUGGUGGCGACCGAGUCCGCUACUCGGUUUGCCGUCGAGUUUACGGGCACACACAGUACCGAGUUCUCGUUGCUCGUCCGUCAAGGCAUCAACCCAUCGAUUCGCGACGAAGUCGACUUGCUGCUCGUCGGUGGCAUGGGUCCCAAGGCCAUUGUCUCCUUUCUCAAAAACAAAUAUGCGACCGACGCCCUUAUGCUAUCGCGCGUGCCCAAGGAGGGGACAAUCAAGGCCCGGGGAGUCUACUAA